AUGGAGGUCGUAACGAACCAGCCGGCCGGGGAGAGCGGAGGUUUAGGCGGAGGAGGAGGGGACCAUGCGCCCAACAUGUCCGUGGCUGCCGCGGAGAGAGCGGAGGUGAGCAGCCCCAGCCCCCUGACCAAGCAGCGGUCUCUCCGCGCCGUCUAUGUGCUGAACGAUGGGCUGAAGGCGGUGGCGGCCAACAGCCCCGAGUCCGGAGCCCUGCAGUGCCUCCAGAGAGCCUGCGACGCUGAGAGUGCCAUCCUCACCACAGUCACUUUCGGCCGGCUGGACUUUGGAGAAACCUCCGUACUAGACACCUUCUACGAUGCAGACAUCGCAGUUGUGGACAUGAGUGAUGUGUUCAGACAGCCAUCGCUCUUCUACCAUCUGGGUGUGCGUGAGAGUUUCGACAUGGCCAACAAUGUCAUCCUUUACCAUGACACGGACCCUGACACAGCUCAGUCACUGAAGGACAUGGUGGCACAGAAAAACACAGCUGCAAGGCCGGUUACAGUAGGCUUUCCGUGGGUGCAGUUGCCUCCAGAGUACAGAGGCUCCGGUUUGAGGAAUAAAGCCUCCAGUGGGAACUAUUACUUCAUCCCCUACGUGAUGACACCCAACCAUGAGUACAUCUGCUGCGAGAACGUGGCCCAGCGGAGAGCAUCCGAGUAUAUGCAGCCCAGCUGGGAUAACUUACUCGGGCCUCUGUGUGUGCCACUGGUGGACCGCUUUGUCAGUCUGCUCAAAGACAUCCACGUCACCUCCUGUGCAUCAUUCAAAGACACUCUGUUGAAUGACAUCAGAAAAGCCAGAGAGAAGUACCAGGGGGAGGAGCUGGCCAAGGAGUUGUCUCGAAUCAAGCUCCGCAUUGACAACACUGAGGUUCUUACUCAAGAUAUUGUUAUGAAUCUGCUCUUCUCCUACAGAGACAUACAGGACUAUGAUGCCAUGGUGAAACUGGUGCAGACACUUGAGAUGUUGCCCACUUGUGACCUCGCCAAUCAGCCCAUGAUCCAGUUCCACUACGCCUUCGCUCUCAAUAGGCGAAACAGCCCGGGAGACAGAGAGCAGGCGCUACGUGUGAUGCUGCAAGUUCUUCAGUCAUGUGAGCACCCUGCUCCUGACAUGUUCUGUCUGUGCGGCCGCAUCUAUAAGGAUGUUUUCUUGGACUCCGACUGUAAGGAUACCAAAAGCAGAGACAACGCCAUUCAGUGGUACAGGAAGGGCUUUGAACUGCAGCCCACACUGUACUCCGGCAUCAACCUGGCUGUGCUGCUCAUCGUGUCUGGACAGCAGUUUGAGAGCUCCAUAGAACUCAGGAAAAUAGGUGUCAGGCUAAACAGUCUACUGGGCCGGAAGGGCAGUCUGGAGAAGAUGAAUAACUACUGGGAUGUGGGGCAGUUCUUUACGGUCAGCAUGCUGGCCAACGACAUCCCUAAAGCAGUGCAGGCUGCUGAAAAACUCUUCAAACUCAAACCUCCCAUCUGGUAUUUACGUUCAGUGGUGCAGAACCUCAAGCUCAUCCAGCACUUCAAGAAGCAGAACACUGAGCAUUCCCCUCAGAGAGAGAGACUCAAUUUCUGGAUGGACAUCAUCGUAGAAGCAACACAAGGAACCACUAAUGGCCUACGUUUCCCAGUGUUGAUUCUGGAGCCUACCAAAGUAUACCAGCCCUCUUACGUGUCCAUAAACAGUGAAGCUGAAGAGAAAAAUGUGUCUAUCUGGCAUGUGUCUCCAGCUGAAACGAAAGGCAUCCAUGAAUGGAACUUCACAGCAUCAUCCAUCAAAGGAAUCAGCAUCUCCAAAUUUGAUGAGCGAUGCUGUUUCCUGUACGUACAUGAUAAUUCUGAUGAUUUUCAAAUCUAUUUCUCCACGGAGGACCAGUGUGGCAGGUUUUGCUCCAUGGUGAAAGAGGUGAUCACAGAUGGGUCAGGAAACGCUGUGGAGCUGGAGGGAGAGGGAGAUGGGGACACUCUGGAGUAUGAGUAUGACUACAAUGAGAACGGCGAUAGGGUGGUCCUGGGCAGAGGUACAUACGGGGUGGUAUACGCCGGGAGAGACCUCAGUAACCAAGUACGCAUUGCCAUUAAAGAGAUCCCUGAGAGGGACAGCAGGUACUCUCAGCCUCUGCAUGAGGAGAUAGCACUCCACAAAUACCUGAAACACCGAAACAUCGUCCAGUACCUGGGCUCUGUGUCUGAGGACGGCUACAUCAAGAUCUUUAUGGAGCAAGUUCCUGGUGGUAGUCUGUCAGCGUUGCUCCGUUCUAAGUGGGGUCCUCUUAAAGAGGCCACAAUCAUCUUUUAUACUCGUCAGAUUUUGGAAGGGCUACGCUACCUACAUGAAAAUCAGAUUGUCCAUCGGGAUAUUAAGGGAGACAAUGUCUUGGUUAACACUUACAGUGGUGUUCUGAAGAUUUCUGACUUCGGCACAUCUAAGAGGCUGGCUGGAGUCAACCCCUGCACUGAGACAUUCACAGGCACACUGCAGUACAUGGCCCCUGAGAUCAUUGAUAAAGGGCCCCGGGGAUAUGGGGCUCCAGCUGACAUUUGGUCCCUUGGCUGCACCAUCAUAGAAAUGGCAACAGGAAAACCCCCUUUCCAUGAACUGGGGGAGCCCCAGGCUGCCAUGUUUAAGGUUGGGAUGUUUAAAAUCCAUCCUGAAAUCCCAGAGUCUCUGUCCAUUGAGGCCAAGUCCUUCAUCCUGCGCUGCUUUGAGCCAGAUCCCAAUAAAAGAGCCACAGCUGGCGACCUUCUCAAGGAUCUGUUUGUGCGCCACAACAUCAAAGGAAAGAAGAACAAGAUUGCAUUAAAACCUUCAGUGUGGCAAGACUAUAUCCGCAGCGUGUCGCUGCCAGUCCAGUUGCAGUCCGAGGCCACAGGGAGCAGCAGCAGCGAGCACGGCUCUGUGUCGCCAGACUGCGACUCUAAACACGAUGUUUUCUUCGAGAAGAAGAAACGCUCAGGCUCAGAGAACCUCAUCAAGCCCAACACCUCCAGCUUCCUCAGUGUUCCUGAUGAGAGCCCCACAUCAGAGGACCGCAGCUCUCCUGCCUCAUCUGAGAACAGCGACUCCGGCCUUUUCCUGCUGAAGAAAGACAGUGAGAGACGGGCCAUCCUCUACAAAGUCCUCAAUGAAGACCAGGACAAGGUCACCUCCAACCUUUUGGAGAACCACAUCCAGGGCACAGAAGAGUUGAAGCUGUCGGUAGAUCACAUCAAGCAGAUCAUCUGCAUCUUGCGAGACUUCAUCCGUUCCCCCGAGCGCCGCGUCAUGGCGUCCACCAUCUCUAAGCUCAAACUGGAUCUUGACUUUGACAGCACCUCCAUCAACCAGAUCCAGUUGGUUCUGUUUGGCUUCCAGGACUCUGUAAAUAAGGUGUUGCGUAAUCACCACAUUAAACCUCACUGGAUGUUUGCCAUGGACAACAUCAUCAGACGGGCAGUACAGGCUGCGGUCACAAUAUUAAUUCCAGAGCUGCAGACUCAUUUUGGCCCGGCAUCUGAGAGCGAGGGGGCAGAGAAGGAUGCAGAUGAGGUGGACGUGGAGGAGGACGGCGAGUUUGGGGCUGCGGAGCCCGUUGCUCCUGAGGAUACAGGGCUCACUUCAGGGGUCAGUACCCUCAGCUCAGUCAUCUCCCACGAUUCCCAGCGCACACAGCACCCACUUGGAGUCCAGCUCACCCGCCUCAAACAGGAGACAAGCAGACUGCUAGAGGAACUGGUGCAGAAGGAGAAAGAGUACCAGCAGAUACUGAGGCAGACUAUUCAACAGAGGGUGCACGACCUGGAGCUCUUCAGACUACGAAACCAGACUGCCACAGUAGAAACACCUUCUCCCUCCAUAUUCCGCAUCCCAUCAGAGCCGGAACCAGACAAAGAGCUGACAGACUGGCUGAAGGAGCAGGGUGCAGAUUCAGUGACCAUAGACAAGUUCGUAAUGGAGGAAUAUACACUGGAUGACGUUCUGAAUGAUGUCACUAAGGAGGACCUGCGACACAUGAGGCUGCGCGGCGGGGUGCUGUGCCGUAUAUGGAGAGCCAUCCAGAGGCAUCGCAGCAGAGAGGAGAGGAGAAUAAGGAGCAAUGAGCUGAACUCCGAGGGAUGAGCAGAGCCUCAGAAUUCUCCUUCUAAUGGACACUGAAUCUACGUGAUGUUUGUGCACCAAUCAGAGCAACACUUGUCCUUUUUUUUUAAAUCUCUCAGAGCAAUUAACAGACUCACUCGACUGGUUCGUGCGUAAAAAUGGUCGGUUCUGUCUUUUUAUUUUUAUUAUUUGCCUCGACACCUCGAAUUUGCAUGGAGAGCUUCCUUGUUUCUCUCUCUGAACUUUCCAUUGACUUGCAAGCUUUAUAGACCUUUCAAGCUUUCACACAUCAGUUCCACUCUGA